AUGAUCGUAGACGAACAAGCUAUGGAAAUACCCCCCAAGGAUGAGGAGGAGUUGGAAUUGGAACGUCUUGUAUUUGGUGAUCUUGAAGGAUUUGAAAAAGGGCUGAGAGAUGUGGAUUUCUUUGGAAGAGAUGAGACUGAAGCAGACUCUGGUAAUGAGCCUGAAGGUGAUGAUGUUAGUGAAGAUGAUGAUUUUGAAAAAUUACAAGACGAUCAGUUAUUCUUUGUUGACGAAUCCAAAGGAGAUGUUGGAGUGGACUACCACGGAGAAUCUGGAAGUGAGGACAAUACUGAUUAUUCCGAAGAAGAAAGCGAUGCAUGGGAAGAUAGUGACGAUCAAAAUCUGAGAAUAUCCGUUGUGAAAGAUGAUAAACUCGAGAAACUGAGAAAACGUGAAAAUGAAUCUGUUUUAUCCGGAAAGUCUUACAUUUUCAGACUUAAAUCGCAAUUUGAAAAGAUCCACCCAAGACCUGAUUGGGCAGAUGAAAGUGAUUCUGAAGAUAGUGAUGGAACCGCAAGCCAGGAGGAAAAUGAAUUGGUCAAGAGUAAUAUGCUACUUGACAUUCUUUCAAAACAAUACCAGGUGGCUAGUAAAACUACAAAACUAUUACCUCCAACUAACAUCGAUAUUGAUAGAUUGAGAGAUGCCAAUGCGCAACGAGUAGCUCAUUCUUCCAUAAAAACUAUUGCAUUCCACCCAACCCACCCUCUUCUAGCCACUGGUGGAAUGGAUAGAACCAUCAGAAUAUUCCAGUUGGACGGUAAGGUUAAUAAUUUCAUCACUUCUAUCCAUUUGAAACAGUCUUCAAUUCUCAGCCUUGAAUUUCAGGAUGACAAGUUGUUUGCUGGUGGAAGUAGGCCUUACAUGUACAAAUGGAAUCUCCAGAACGAACGGGUUGAAAAAAUAAACAAAUUGUACGGGAACGAAAAGACUCAAAAGUCGUUUGGGCAUUUUAAGCUAUCAUGUGAUGGAAGAUACAUUGGACUGGCUGGUAACUCAGGUUGGGUGAACGUUCUCUCUACCACGAACGGGUUAUGGUUGAGAGGAUUCAAAAUUGAAGAUGAAGUGGUGGAUAUUGACUUCAUGAAACAGAGUGACGAUAAUAUACUAAUAGCAGUCAAUUCCGCAGGUGAAGUCUGGGAAUGGAACGUCGAUACCGGAAAGUUCUUGAAUAAAUGGUCCGACGAUUCAGGAACCGGUAUUACGCAAAUAAAAGCCUGUGAUAGGUGGUUGGCAGUUGGUAACAAUGUUGGUAUUGUAAACAUUUACGACAGACGCAAAUUGACCAACUCUACGACUCGCCCAAAGCCAAUUGGAACUGUGGAGAAUUUGGUAACUGCCAUCACAGCCUUAGAUUUCACUCCUGAUGGCCAAGUGUUGUGCGUAACUUCUAACGCUGUGUCUGAUGGAUUAAGACUUGUCCACCUGCCCUCUUGUACAGUAUUCCGAAACUGGCCCACCAGAACCACUCCAUUGGGAACCGUUACCACGGUGAAAUUCAGCCCUCGUGGUGAGACUCUGUGUGUCGGUAACACGGCAGGAAAAGUACGUAUGUGGAGAUUAAAUCACUAUUAG